AUGAAGGAAGAGGGUCCUCUGCGACGUAGGUUUUCCUCAUGUGCUGGGGUUUCGUCUGGUGUGCUUCCUUCACGAUCUGCUGUCCGAAAACUUGUCCGGAAUGCUUCAUUUGGAGGCUACAAUGAACUUUCUCCGGCUUUACCAGGUUUUGAUAGAGGGAAGGAUGAUGUGUCACAAAGUAAAGAAGAUUCAGCACAUUCAAUGUCAAAAAGCAAGUCUGAAUCCAAGCUUUACAAUGGCUCCGAUAAGGACAUCUCCUCUACUGCAAACAAGCUUACAAAAAAGGAGUCUCUCAAGGUUCAAAAGAAAAAUUACAGAGAAGAGAAGAAGAGAGCUACAAAAGAAUUGCUUAGCACAAUCACAGACCCAUCAGUCAUUGUUAUGGCUGACUGGCUGAAGAUUCGUGGUACAUUGAAAAGCUGGACCAAACUGUGGUGUGUGCUAAAACCAGGAGUAUUACUCAUUUACAAAAACCCCCAAAAUGGCCAGUGGGUUGGAACAGUGCUCCUGAAUGCUUGUGAACUCAUUGAGCGGCCUUCCAAAAAAGAUGGCUUUUGUUUCAAACUUUUCCAUCCCUUGGAACAGUCCAUCUGGGCUGUUAAGGGUCCUAAAGGCGAAGCAGUUGGUUCUAUAACUCAGCCAUUACCCAGCAGUUACUUGAUCAUUCGAGCAGCUUCAGAAUCGGAUGGCAGGUGUUGGAUGGAUGCUUUGGAACUGGCUUUGAAAUGUUCUGGUCUGCUUAAACGUACAAUGAUUAGAGAAGGUAAAGAGCAUGAUUUGAAUUCGUCAGCAGACAGCACCCAUGUUUCUCUCUAUGGUUUACUACGUGCUACCAACUUACCCAAUACAGAGACAUUUCCAUUAAAUUAUAGUGAAAUUGAAAGGCAUCACUUUAAAGAUCAAGAUGUAUACUCUGACAAAUCUGAUAAGGAAAAUGAUCAUGACCAUGACGAGUCUGAUAAUGAUGGCCUGGGGAAAAGUGAAGAAAGUGACACCGACACAUCAGAGCGACAGGAUGACUCUUAUAUUGACCAAGAACCUGUUGAUUUUAUCAGGGAAACUACCUAUAUGGAACAGGUUCACGAAGAACUUGGAGAGGCAGGAGAGGCCUCUCAAACAGAAACCGUGUCAGAAGAGAACAAAAGCCUGAUCUGGAUGCUAUUGAAACAAGUUCGUCCAGGAAUGGACCUCUCCAAGGUUGUACUGCCUACAUUUAUCUUGGAACCUCGCUCUUUCCUGGACAAACUGUCUGAUUACUACUAUCAUGCAGACUUCUUGUCUGAGGCUGCUCUUGAAGAGAAUGCUUAUAAUCGUAUGAAGAAAGUAGUAAAAUGGUAUUUGUCAGGAUUCUACAAAAAGCCAAAGGGACUAAAGAAACCAUACAAUCCUAUACUGGGUGAGACUUUCCGCUGCAUGUGGAUUCAUCCCAGGACAAACAGCAAGACUUUCUACAUAGCUGAACAGGUAUCUCAUCAUCCCCCAGUAUCUGCCUUCUAUGUUAGCAACCGAAAGGAUGGGUUUUGCCUUAGUGGUAGUAUUCUGGCCAAAUCCAAGUUCUAUGGGAAUUCAUUAUCUGCCAUAUUGGAUGGAGAAGGUCGGUUAAUGUUCCUGAAUAGGGGAGAAGAUUAUAUAAUGACCAUGCCAUAUGCACACUGUAAAGGAAUUCUUUAUGGCACAAUGACUUUAGAGCUUGGGGGAAUUGUCAACAUUGCAUGUGAGAAAACUGGAUACAGUGCAACAAUUGAAUUCAGACUAAAGCCAUUUUUGGGCAACAAUGACAGUGUUAAUCAAAUAUCAGGAAAAAUUAAACUGGGCAAAGAAGUUCUGGCUACUUUGGAAGGCCACUGGGACAGUGAAAUUAUUAUUAGUGACAAAAAGACAGAUGUUUCAGAGACCUUCUGGAAUCCAACUUCAGAGAUCAAACAGCGCAGAUUAACAAGAUACACAGUGAAAUUUGAUGAACAAGAUGACUUUGAGUCAGAGAAGCUUUGGCAACAAGUGACCCGAGCUAUAAACAACAAAGAUCAGACAGAAGCAACUAAUGAGAAAUGUAUUCUGGAGGAUGCUCAGAGAAAGGCUGCCAAAGAGAGGAAACUGAAGGGUGAAGGAUGGACCUGCAAACUCUUUGAACAGGAUUUAAUCACAGGAGAUUGGCACUACAAAUACGCAGAAACCAGACCAUGGGAUCCACUGAAUGAUAUGAUACAGUUUGAAAAAGAUGGUGCCAUCCAAACAAAAGUCAGGCAUCGGACACCAAUGGUUAGUGUUCCAAAAAUAAAACGAAAACCAACCAGUCAGUCGAAGAAAGAAUGUGGAUUCUCCUCUCCAGAACCUGAUAACCAGGACUCCUCUGGAAGUGAAGCACAACUACUAAAGCAUAAUACAAGAAUCAGAAAGAAGGGGAUAGACCUUGGUGAACUACAAAGUGCCAUUGAAUCUAUAAAGGAAACACAAGAAGACAUUAAGAGGGAUAUUAUGGCUCUACGGAAUCGUGUUACUUCAAAUUCACCACCCCAGGAAAACAAUUUCUUGCAGUUUAAGCACUAUGUCUUUAUUUUUCUCAUGGUUCUGCUGCAACUUAUCAUCAAUUUCUUAUUCAAAUAGAAGCUCUAAACAAAAGACUCUUUGAACAGAAUACUUACUGGGACCACAUUUUCAGUUGGUUUGGACUUUAAAUGAUGCAAUAUUAUCUAGAAGAGCCCUGUAGUUAAAACUUAACUUUGCCUCAAAUCUUUAUGCGCACAUGGAUCAAGAUCUGUUGUAUUCUUGCCUAGCCAGUUGAAGUGGGAAAUGUGUAAGUGCCAGUACUCUCUUGCUCUUUGUGUAUGCCUCUCUCAAACACAACCAUAGUCUUGUAUCUAUAUUAUCUUAUUGGCUGUACUGACAAAUUUCAACACAGAAAUGUCACACUCAGAAUUCAGAAAUACGUUCCCCUCUCAGGGAGGACAUGUAAUUUCUGUUGAAGAGAAAUUGAUAAAAGAACUGAUCUUUUAUCAUUUAAAUUUACCAUUUUGUAACAAAAUAACCAGACUUGCUAUUUUUUGAAACUAUGGAGAAAAAUGUGGUCCAAACCAAACAAAAUAAAUACAGUAUUAAGCGCCAUAAGUAAUAUGAAUUGGCUCAAUACAGAUGUUAAGGCUUUACCUGAAAUCUUUGUGUCUUUAAUGCUCUGAUUUAAUAUAUGGAGUAUUUUAACUCUAGAUUAAGGUGGUGAUAUACAAAUAACUAUUUUCUUGGUUGACCACGUUAUAAAAACUCUUACAUUAUACACAGAAUGAAUUGUACAACUAUACAAUACUCAUAGAGACUAUUUUGUUAAUGGCCUACCUGUACUUUCAUUAUGAACCCAUAUGUCAUAGAUCUAUAGAAUUGCUAUUACAUUUUUCUCAGUUUACUAAACUUCAAUUAAAUUGUAUGAGUACUUCCAAUAAGUUGAAGAUAAAGACUAUUGCUAUCAGAUACUUCAUUUGGUGUUUCUGUAACUCAGAAAAAAUAUUAUCAUGCAAAGUUAUGUUUAGUGUUAAGGACUUGAUUUUAUGCACCCAAAUGAAAGGCAGAUUAGAACUAAAAGUUGAGUCCUAUUGUUAGGUUUCCACUGAUAAUUUUAAUAAGAUACGCUGCAACAACCUUUAGCUGAUCUAAGAGUAAGAUGAAGUCCUAAAUAUUCAUUAAAUUCCUCAUUAUUGCCAUAUAUACACACUGUGAAACUCAUCCCUUAUUUCACAAUUGUGCAAACUAAAAAUAUAGAAGUUGGAUUUGGAUUUCAAGUGUGACUUUUAUUCUAACUAGAGUUUUGGUCUUAAUUUAUAUAUUUGCAAACAAUUAAUUUUAAGCAAAAUGUAGGUGCCAGCAUUUACAGAGAUAUCUUUGCUCCCAUUUUGACCCAUCUGCACACUUUAAAAGGAGCUCUAGAAUCUCCUUUUAACUCCUAGACCUUCCCAGCAGUAUCCCCUCUUAAGCUGCGUGGCAGCACAGCUUCAAAGGUGAUUAAUCAGCCCAGUCCAGUCAGUCAGCUCUGUGCAUGGAGCCCUGAGCCUCUGACUGGGUGGGGCUGAUAGAUCACCUGUGAAGAUGUGCGGCUGCGUAGCUUAGAGUUAACACUUUUCCAGGUGUAGAUUCUAUGAAAGAUGGCCAUAAGAAUGUUUUCCAGGAAGCCCCCUGAAAUCUUUGCAUGUGGGGAGCAGAGCUCCAGGGCUGCAGAGGUUCUGGGGCAAUGCUGUUGCUGAUGAAGCAACCUUUCAGAAACAUCCUAGCUUCAACAGACCUGAGGGCUAUCUAGGUUACACGGUUGGCCUCUCCAGCCUCUAGAAUAGCUCAUGAUUGGAAGACUGCAAAGGUGUUUGAAAGCCACCUUCCCUUGCACUGAAAGUCCCAUGGUCCACCAAUUUCAUUCAAUGUUAAUGUUAAAGUAAAAUUUAAUUAGAUUUGUGCUUUGUCUAGCCAACUUUUAUCUUUCAGUGUCCCUAACUUAUAGGUGCCUCCUCUUCCUGUCCCCUUCUCUCUUUCCUUCCACAUGAGAUAAAUUUUACUCUUUAAGCUUAAAUUUGAUAAUUUCCCAUCCUCUUAGUCAAUGCAGUUUUUGUCUUGAACCACUCUCUACAGAACAAUUAUUUAACACAACUGUAAUGGACAGUAGUAUAUUACAGAAAGAGCUUUACCCUAAACAGGCAAUAAUUCAACACAAUAAGUCCCCAAUACAAAUUAAAGUUGGCAGCCAUGUGUAAAAAAUUAGCCGAUAUAACACAAAGGGUAGGUUGAAAUAUGAAAAUAGAAUGUUGUAAUAUUGAUUUGACAUUGUCAGUAUUCAAUAGAGGUUGUUAUUACACUACCUACACAGGCUACAUCUAGACUACAUUCCUCUUUCAACAGAAGAAUGUAAAUGAAGGACUUCAAAAUUGCAAAUGAAGUGCUG